GCCAGCUCUCAGCUGUCAGAGAGCAUUCAGUCUGGAGCGGAGGCACAAGCAGCAUCCGGCUCUGUGUGCUUUAUCUGCCGCUGCAGCACCAGUCCAAGCCUCAACAUUUAAAGGACCUUCCGUGUUUCUACUCGGCUACAACAACGGCCACACAAGGAGUUCAAAAGGAAUACGAUAUCCUCCGAAACGUGGCUUUCUUCGGUUCCGUUUCUCUUCCAUUUCCUCCUUCCUGUCUUAAUGCCCACGGCGGUGUGGUCAGGACCAGCGGAGGAUGGGUCCGGCUGUGGAGGCUCAGGCCCAGAAGGCCGUGGAUGCAGAGCUAAAGCAGCACCAACAGCAGCAGCAGUGCUACGCGGAGAAAGGGGUGAUGCUUGAGCCUUUCCUCCACCAAGUGGGGGGGCAUUGCUGCGUGCUGCGCCUCGGGGAGCAGACCAUCUGCAAACCCCUCAUCCCCCGUGAACACCAGUUCUACGAGAGUGUGCCCGCAGCCAUGAGGAAGUUUACCCCCCAGUACAGAGGUGUUGUGUCAGUGAGCUUCGAGGAGGAUGAAGAAGGGAACCUUUGCCUCAUCGCUUACCCCAUCCAGAGUGACCCAGCAGACGAUCUGGAAAACAAGGACCCCUCGGCCGACAGCGAGCCCAAAUGCGAGAUGCUCCUGUGGGGGAAAAUGAUGGCGUCCUGGCCGCUUGUGGACAGCGAAAAUUACAGCAAAGAUGUCCGAAGCCGCCAUUCUUUUAAAGACCAGGACAAGAGCGUUCACAAGCUGGAGGAGGAGGCCGAGGUGCUCUAUUACAGACUGGAGCGCAGUCCCAGCACCGCUGUGCCACAGCUCAAACACAACCCCUGGACCCAACAGCACCACCUGCAGAAGAUGAAGGACAAGGCCAUGCAAUGCAACCAAUACAAAUUCAUCCUGCUGGAGAAUCUGACGUGGCGGCACACUCUGCCGUGCGUGUUGGACCUGAAGAUGGGCACACAGCAGCACGGAGAUGAGGUCCCCGAAGAUAAAAAGGCCAGGAAGAUGCACAAGUGCCAGCAGAGUACAGCAUCUGUUUUAGGAGUCUGCCUCUCCGGCAUGCAGGUGUACCGGUGUGACACGGGCCAGCUGAUGUUGAUGAACAAGAUCCACGGCCGCCGGCUGACUGUGUUGGGCUUCAAGGAGGCUCUGUUCCAAUUCUUCCACAGCGGACGGCGUCUACGAAGUGAACUCUUCUCGUCGGUGCUGCGCCGGCUCAGAGAGUUGCAAGCUGCCCUGGAAACCUGCGAAUCCUAUCGCUUCUACUCCAGCUCUCUGCUCAUCAUCUACGACGGAGCGCCCCACCAAAAACACACUGAGGACGGCCUCUCGGACGAAGAAGAAGAAGAAGAAGAAGAAGAGGAGGAUGACGGCGAGGAGGUGGAGGCUGAACCAGAAAUGGAGGAGGAGGAGGAGGAGGAGGAGGAGGAGGAGGAGGAGGAGGAGGGUGAAGUAGCAGGUGCCCUUGGCUUUCCUCGCAGACCCUCCACGUCGAGCAAUGGCAGCACCAGUGGUGGGAGCUCAGGUGUCAGUCCGGCUCGCCUGUCCCACUCGGGCACCCGCGAGCCCUUGGUGGACGUGAGAAUGAUAGAUUUUGCCCACACCACCUGCAGACAAUACCACGGGGACAGCGUGGUGUACGAGGGCCUGGACAGCGGAUACAUCUUUGGUCUCCAGCACUUGAUCACCAUCAUCUCCGAGCUGGAGAACCACAGCACAGACUAAAGACUGACACGACACACACACACACACACACACACACACACACACACACACAUAUAUUCGGAUACAAAUGCACAGUAACACAGAGGAGAAAGAGAUUUUUUUCCUUUCCUUUUAAAAAAAAAUAGUCGUGGUCUGUCGUUUGGACCCAGUUCCUGUUUCUGCCGUCGGUGCUUCUCAAUGCUCCCGUUUUUAAUGUGUGUGUUCGUCCUCGGAAUAUUAAAGAGACCCGCACAUAACAUACACGAACCAUCUGUUUGACCGACGUGAUCUCUAUAAACAAAUUCUGCACCCUAUCCGUUGUCAGAUUGAUCGUAGAUGGGCUCCCAGGUUGCGACUGAUGCAGUGAUGUCAUCAUUCUGUUUAGACACGGCGCACCAGCGGGACAAAUGGGUAGGCGGCAAUUAGUCUAGAGACAGAAUGUUUUUCCUUGUGUCCGAUUCCAAAGAAGGCGUCAGCAAUUUGCACACGCACACGCUUCCCGUCGAUCGAGUGUGUGCACUGGUACAGGGUCAUGAGAGAGAGAGAGAGCAGGAGUUGUAUGAGUAUGAGGACAGAGCCAAUGGGAGGAGAGAUUGUGAACCCUCCAGUCUUCUUUUUUGCCUGUUCAUUCUGCCAUCCUUCUUUCCCUGUUCAUCUCCACUCAAAGAGAUUAUAUUCAUAUAUAUGUAUAUAGGUAUCAGGGACAGUUGAUAUAGAGUUAUUUCUUUAUUUGACAUGUUUCAUAAAAUAAACUAAAAGUUCAAAAAAGAAUGUGAUUGAGGAGUACUACAUUCCAUGUUAUUAAUGUUAUGAUAAUGAUAUUAAUUAAUAUUGUUAUUUGACAUCUUUGGUACCUCUAUCUUGUACGUAUGUGUUGUCCGCAGUUUGUUGGCGAAAGAAAAUAAACACUUUGGUUUGUGUUAUG